AGCGGAAGUUCCUAUCUGCACAGGAAGUCUGUAAGGGUUUGUUUUGGUUCUUGCUGCUGGAAGAUGGGUUGUGAUGGAGGAACGAUCCCCAAAAGGCACGAGCUGGUCAAAGGGCCCAAGAGAGUGGAGAAGAUUGAUAAGAAUGCAGAAUUAGUGGCCCGCUGGUAUUACUGCACUCUAAGUCAAGAGAAACUCACAAAGCCGAUCGUUACAUGUGAGCUGGGCAGGCUCUACAACAAGGAUGCAGUAAUUGAAUUUUUGCUGGACAAGUCCCCUGAUAAACCUCACGCAGAAUCCGCAGCCCACAUUAAGAGCAUGAAGAGUGUGAUCGAGCUGAACCUGAGUGACAAUCCUGCUUGGUUAGGUGAUAAAGGGAACAGGAAGGGAGAUGCGUAUGAUGAGCCAUGUGCACAGUUUAUAUGUCCAGUUGUUGGUCUGGAAAUGAACGGAAGACACAGGUUUUGCGUGCUGAGAGGUUGUGGUUGCGUGUUCUCCGAGCGGGCUCUCAAAGAAAUCAAAACAGAUAUUUGCCACAAGUGCGGAGCACGGUUCCAAGACGACGACCUAAUUCUUUUAAACGGUGAUAAGGAGGAAGUGCAGGAAUUAAGGAGGAAAAUGGAAGAACGAAGACUUAAGACCAAAUUGGAAAAGAAAUCAAAGAAACCCAAAGCAAUGGAGUCCACGUCACAGAAGGAUCAAGAUCUUCCCAGAUCCAAAGAAGUUUCCUCCGGAAGUAAAAGUAAUCCCAGAGACCGGAUUGAUUUUGUUUCCAGCAGCAAAAUGAGAGCUGAAGAAAGUUCAGGUCCGUCAGAGAAGGCUACCAAAUCGUCGUCUGCCACAAAGAGACCUGCGACUGAUGGCAAGUCUGAGGCUUACAAAUCCAUCUUCUCCUCCCACAGCUCGGCCAAACGUUCUAACGAUGAAUCGUGUAACUGGAUCGCUCAGUCUACCUUCUACAUCUAACCGCUGCCAGCUUUAUGGACCAACCGCGUAAACACUCCCACCAGCCAACAGAGUGUUCAUAUUCCAUACUGUUAUACAUA